AUGGCCUUUAUGGGCUUAUACAUGUCAGUACUAAACAUGCUUCCUUCUUUACUAGAGUUGCAUUUGUCAUAUUGUGGACUUGAUAAUAGUCAUUUAUCUCAAAUGUAUGUGAACUCUACAGUUUCUAAUGUUCAGUACCUAGACCUUGGUCGUAAUUCAUUUGAAGGUGAAUUUCUGAGUCGCCUCAGUAACAUGACUUCUUUAAGAUUCCUUGAUCUUUCGUUCAAUUAUUUUAAUUCUUCUAUUCCUCUGUAUCUCGAAAACCUUAAGAGCCUUGAACAUCUCAAUCUUGGCUCCAAUCAAUUUAACCACACUGGUGGGUUUCUGAGGCUCUUGUCGAAUCACUGUAGCUUGAAAUCAUUUGAUAUGAGUCAAAACCAAAUCCACGGACAGGAGACGUCCAUACUUGACAAAAAUUUAUCUAGAUGCACCACGUAUGAUUUAGAGACAUUGAUUUUAAGUGGUGAUGGAUUCACCAGUCAUUUAUCGAAUUGGCUGGGACAACUUAAGCAUCUGAAAGAUCUUGAUCUUUCAGGGAACUUGUCAACCUUGGGAGUUUUAGAUCUUUCUUCCAAUCAGUUAAAUGAGACCAUUCCUAUUUCUAUUGGACAACUAUCAAACCUCAAGAUCUUAUAUCUUUCUUCUAAUUCCCUAGAAGGUGUAGUCUCUGAAGCUCAUUUUGCCAACCUCUCAAUGUUAGAAGAAUUGAAGAUAGGAACCCUACCUGAAUGGCUUCAUGACAUGAAUCUCUUGGUAUUGGGUCUCCCUAACAACCAUAUCAGUGAACCAAUUCCAAACCUUCCUUCCACUUUAUUCAUAGUUGAUCUCUCCAAUAACUUCAUUUCAGGACCUCUUCCUCAAAAUAUUGGAGAUAUGGUCACUUUGUCAUCUUUGUAUAUGGUUGGUAAUUUGAUAAAUAGUUCUAUUCCAAAGUCAUUCUGCAAAAUUCUAAAUUUGGUAUUGCUCGAUCUUUCCAAAAAUAUGUUAUUUGGAAAUCUUCCUCAUUGUUUGGGGGAACUCUCCAACCUAUACAUUUUGAAAUUUUCAUCCAGUAAGCUUUCAGGGGUUAUUCCAAACUCUAUUGGACAUUUGACUACUCUCAGAGGGUUACAUUUGAACAACAAUAGUCAUCAUGGAGAGUUUCCUUCCGCUUUGAGAAAUUGCAGAAGUUUAGCAAAUUUGGAUCUUGGUGAGAAUGGAUUCAAUGGAAACAUACCUAGAUGGAUUGGAGAAUUGAAAGACUUGGCCAUUUUGAGAUUGCAUAAGAAUAUGUUCACUGGCAGUAUUCCAUCGCAGUUAUGCCAACUGCCUCAACUCCAAAUCAUGGACCUUGUAGAUAAUAAUUUAAAAGGAACCAUCCCUCAUUGUUUUGGCAAUCUCAAUGGCAAGAUUUUGAAUGAAAAUGGUAUACAAUAUAAUUUAGGAGGAUGGUUGUUUGAAAGCAUAAAGCAAGUCCUAAAAGGAAAUGAAUUUGAAUACACCAUUGCACUAUUGUGUGCCGUUAACAUGGACCUUUCAAGGAAUAAUCUGAUUGGAAUGAUCCCUGAAGAACUAACGCUUCUUUCUGGUUUGAUUAGGCUUAAUUUAUAA